UUUAUAAUAAAAUCAGCAAUGCAGCUUAGAUUUUACUUACACAAUAACAUGGCUUCAAAAUUAAGAGCUUCUCAAAAGAAAACGAACAUGGCUGCUAAAACUGUGGCAUUGUCUGAGACGUCUAUUGAAAAAGACUCGGAUGUGGCUAAGUCUGCGGCAGUGCUUACUUCGUCUAUUGGGAAAGGUUCGGAUAUGGUUAUGUCUACGGCAGUGUCUACGUCGUCUAUUGAAAAAGGUUCGGAUAUGGUUAAGUCUACGGCAUUGUCUACGUCGUCUUUUGAAAAAGGAUCUGAUAUGGUUAAAUCUACUGCAUUGUCUACGUUGUCUAUUGAGAAGGGAUCGGAUAUGGCUACGUCUGCGUUAUUUUCUCAUUCUUCAAUUAAAAAUAGUUCGGAUAUGACAACUUCUCUGUCUCAUUUAUCUAUAGAGAGUGGUUCUGAUUUUGUUACUGACUAUAGUUACUUUUCAUGCACAGAGAAAAGACUUGUGGAAAGUGCUGAGUUUUUCUGUGAGACAUGUCAAAAGUUGUUCUGCAGAAAGUGUAUUGCACUUCAUGACCAGUUGUUUACAAAUCAUAACAUUCUUGGAACAAGACACUUAAGUAGUUGGCCAAUUUUAAAACUGGAGAAUAACGUUCAACGAAAUUGCCAAGUGCACAAAGGUGAAAAGCUUGAAAUGAUGUGCAUUGACCACAAUCAGCUGUGCUGCGCAAAUUGUGCUUUCAUUCAUCACAGACACUGCCGUGAUGUGACACUUAUUUCCGAGUCGGUUAAACGACAGUCCACAAUUGCAUCGCAGUCCAACCCAGACCAAGUGUUUACUGUGGUAGGGAUAGUUGAUAUUGAUGUCAGUAUACCAAGUGAUGAAGAAAACUGUUGGAUAUCUGCUGUGUGUGUUCUUCCUGAUAGCCAAAUACUGCUUGUCGACACUACUAAUGAAACUGUAAAGCUGCUGGACCAGCAGUAUAGAUUGAUGUCGUACUUACUUGUGACUGGUGUUCCAGACGACAUGUGUAAUAUCUCCGCUGACCAGGUAGCAGUGACUGUGAAUACAAAAAGGACACAUGAGGUCCAAUUCAUCACAGUAACCAAUGGACAGUUAAUAAAGGGCAGAACGCUUCGGUUUGACCAUAAAUGCUACGCAACCAAAAACAAGGUCCUUAUCCUGACCAUGGACGGCACACCCCUGGCCACGAUUCAAGACCCUAAACUAGUUAACGCGCGGGGGAUACAUGUUACAGCAACAGACCAGAUUUUGGUCUGUGGAUGCUGGUCUUACAAUGUUGUGCAAGUGGAUAGUAAGAGCAUGACGCUUACUGUACUUGGCUCAGAAUAUGAUACAUUGGGAUACUUAGACUCGAUAUGUUACGACAGCAACACAGCAACCAUCAUCCUGGGACAAAUGGACAACGAUAAGAUCCGUGUGUUAGAAGUUGCGUAA